UAUAUUACUGAGAUUGUUUAAUUAGCCUCACAAUUCUCUUUUCACUCGUUCGACGAGAAAAAACAAAGUUGAAGGAAAAAAAAAAUCUAAAAGGGAUCGAUUUGCCACGCCAUGUCUGGAGAAGAAGAAGAGAACGCCGCCGAGCUUAAGAUCGGAGACGAGUUUUUGAAGGCGAAGUGCUUAAUGAACUGUGAGGUCUCUUUGAUCCUUGAGCACAAGUAUGAACAGCUUCAGCAAGUCUCCGAGGAUCCUAUGAAUCAAGUUUCUCAAGUGUUUGAGAAGUCCUUGCAGUAUGUGAAGCGUUUUAGCCGGUACAAGAAUCCAGAUGCUGUUAGACAAGUUCGAGAAAUCCUGAGUAGACACCAACUCACUGAGUUUGAGCUCUGUGUUCUUGGCAAUCUCUGUCCUGAAACUGCUGAAGAAGCAGUGGCAAUGGUUCCUUCUCUCAAGACAAAAGGAAGAGCUCAUAGUGAUGAAGCGAUUGAGAAGAUGCUCAAUGAUCUCUCCCUUGUCAAGAGAUUUGAGUAGUGCAGAAAGUUCUCGAGAUCUAAGAUUAUAAACAGUUUAAUUUGAGGGUGUUAUAUUCACCUUUUAGAUGAUGUCUUGAGUUAAUUUUUCAUGUCUGAAAUUUAAAGCUUUCCAGAAUCUCUAGAAUAAUAACUUCAUGUUUAAUGAAAUGUAGUUUACAAUACUUUAAUAUGAAGCUGCAAUUCUAUC